CAUCGUUACCAGCAGUUAACAGAAAAGUAAUACGUUUUCUAAGAAAAUUACACGCUACAGUACUACCGAUUAAUGGAAACGCCUUGAAAAUGUUUUGUUUAAAAAGUUGAGUGUUGAAUAAUGCGAUGAAUCGUAAUACGUAUUUAGUAUUUUUCUCGGCUUUUGUCGUCAUCACAUUGCAGACGACGGAUUUCCAAGAUAACCUAAUAAAUGGAUAUCGAGCUCUAAUCGCUGAUAUCCAACUAAGAACACAGAAGUCGAGAGAGGAUAUGGAUACACUGGUAUCUCAAAUAAAACUUUUAAUGAAGAACGAAGCCGACAAAGCUAUUAACUACAUGACUGUGUACCUUGAACAAAUAUCUUUGUACUUUCAGGUAAUAAUUCACGACCGAAAACCCCGCAACGGAACUUACUGCAAAGAGAGCAUCGUUAAGCUUCUCGGUGAGAACCUACAGUUGGCAGACGAGAACGUCACAUUGUGUCUCGCACUCGGCUACCAGAGGGUGCAGAGAUUGCCAGAAAAACUUCAAGUUCACUUUGAAACUCUUGAAAACCUGAAAAAGUAUUCGGCAUCAAAAUUAUUCGAAUGUCAAAAACAGCAACAAGUCGGAGGAAACUGUUCUCAUGAAAGUCAAGACUUGGAGAGGACUGUGUUCCUCUAUGAAACAUCACCGUUCCCAGUAGUGAUGGCUGAAAUUGCUAUCCAUGGGUUCAAAGAGGUAUCAGACCUCAGCGUGUGUCUAAAGGACAUAAUAUCUAGAAUGAUGACACAUUCAGUAAAGGUGAUCGGUGAUUUCAACAGGUGUAUUCACAAUAUUGAGAUGCCAAAAUUGAAGUAUCUACUAAAGUUUAUGAAGAAAUAUGCCUGAUAAAAUAAAUGUAAAUAAUUUUUGAAG